CGAAAGAAGGAUUAAUAUAAGUUUGAACAACAUAAAUUCUGCCACGUUGUAUUCUAGAAUGCACUGCAAUGGCAUCUUUAUCCUCAUGAAAAAACAAGAGAGAAUCACGAGCACCACAUAGCCUAAUUCACGAGAAGGCAUUACAACUACAUUGCCCAUAAAUAAUAUAACAUGUGUAUGCUUGUGAGAGAUUGUGAAUCGCCAUGCAAAAACCCGAAACCAAAACCACUCGAUCUGUGGCCCCACUGGCUUCUCCAACAUAUCUCAACACUCAUAGUGUAUCUAUAUAUGAAGAAUCAAGCAACAAUAAUCACCAGCCAUAGCCUCUGCAUCAACAAUAAUAAUCAUAAUGAAUAAGCAGCUGCAACUACCUGUGUUUCUAGUCCUACUUACCGUCUUUAUGCCCCGAGUUCUCUCUCACAACUUUUCUCAAACACCUGGUGUGCAAGUUCAAAUAUACAAGCAAAAUCAAGUGGACAACGAAACCAUCUACAGGGUAUCGAAGCAACUGUGUUGGGGCUGCAUUAGCGAGUCCAUAGAGUUUCUAUUUGCGCACAAUCUGGUUCGAGCGGCCAAGUUUGAGCUGCCAUUGGCAUGGAAUUUUCAGUUGGAGAAGUACGCAAGGUGGUGGGCAGGGCAGAGGAAAGGGGAUUGUAAACUGCAACAUUCUUUCCCUGAAGACGAUUUCAAGCUGGGAGAGAACAUAUUUUGGGGGAGUGGAUCGGCAUGGAGGCCAUUGGAUGCGGUGACUUCGUGGGCUAGCGAAGUGAAGUAUUACACAUACGCCACCAAUAGCUGCGAGGCUGGCCAAAUGUGCGGCCAUUACACACAGAUUGUUUGGAGAAAUACGCAAAGGAUGGGUUGCGCUCGUGUCGUUUGUGACAAUGGGGAUAUCUUCAUGACUUGUAACUAUGAUCCGCCUGGUAACUAUCUGGGUGAACGACCCUACUAAAGCUAAUAACCAUGUAACAAUUACACCAUCAAACUUUUACUUUUAAAAAUUGAGUCUCAAAUUUAUUAAAAUAUUUAAAAUUAAACUAUUAAACUUUUGGAUCCCUAAAUAAUUGUUUCGGGUCAAAGAGUAAAAUUACAAAGUUUGAAGAAUUUAAAGCAUAAAAUUGAUAUUUUUACACCAACUCUAUGGAUCAAAUAAGGAAUGAUGCUCACACCUUCACUCUUCCAAACUCCUUGGUUCAAACCCUCCUAGAUGGUGAAAAUUGAACCCAAAUGAAUUUGAGAACUUAAUUUUUAUGAUUGAAAGUUUAAGAAUGUAAUUAUAACUAUCAUCCCAUCAUCCUACCUAUAAGUGUUUUUUUUGCAAUUUAUCAAAAAGAGAAAAAAGAUAUUAAUGAACUAUACUCCAACAAAUAAUAAUACUUGCCCACACAUGAGUCAAUAGAAUAUCCUACCGACUUUUCUGAUGUA